AUGGCGGCCACGCAGCUUGCACGCGAUGAUUAUCCUACCAACUCGGCGCCAGUGGCCCAAACCUCGAGCUUUACCACCGGUUACAUCAAGAGCUUCCUCCGAGCGGCCUCGGGACGGAAUGCAGAAGCGCGACGGUUGCACUGCAACAACCCGUACGAAUGCUGGAGCUGGUGCCGUUUAGCAAGAGGUACGCUAAUGUACAUGCUUACGAAGAAAGACUCCAGCUCGAAGGGAUGUGGCACGAGCUUGGAGACGCUUUCGGAGGAACGCUCCUACUGA